CCACUUCCGGUAAAACGCCCUGCAGCUACACUGCCUUAAAUUUCAGAAGAUAAAGUUCGAUUCCGGAAGAAGGAACAUCAAAUUACUCCUGACAAGGACGCAGCUACAGCAGAGAUUCUCAACAUUUAGCUGGAAAAGCUCACUGACUUCAGUCAGGCCUGCCAGGUUCCAUCAUGGCUAUCACUUAUGUCUUUCUACUGAGCAGUCUUGGCCUUGUUAUAACUCAAGCUCAAGACUGUUCCAGACCUGUGCCAGGACCCAACAUGGACUUGAAGGGCAAUGACAUUAAUUUAAACACAUUUCCAAGUGGGACUACAGUUUCUUUUGCCUGUAAUGUUGGCUACACAUCUAAGGGAGGAUCUCCAUCCAUUACUUGUACUAAUGGAAAUUGGAGUGCCGUGAAGCUGGAAUGCGAACGGAAGAACUGUGGCGCUCUUACAGAAGUGACAAAUGGACAAAUUGACUAUCCUGAUGGGACUCAGUUUGGCGAUAAAGCUGUGGUCACGUGCAACACUGGGUACAUCCCUGUUGGUGGAACUAAUGUCAUUUGUAUGGACGGAGGGUGGUCUGGCAGGCUUCCUGACUGUGAAGUGGUAACUUGUGCGAAACCACCAGCUAUUGAGAAUGGCGAUUACUCUCCAAAAGAAGACGUGUAUUCAUAUAGAGAAGUUGUAAUGUACAGUUGUCAAGCAGGUUAUACACUCGGUGGCUCACGUUCACGAACCUGUUCAGAAGAUGGAAGUUUUAAACCUGAAGCUCCAACAUGUUACGUGCCGGUUCCCUGUAAAGAACCUCUUAUUGAUAAUGGUGGCUGGAUGUCGGGUGCUCGACCCCCUUAUACAGAGAAAUCUACAGUGACCUUGGAAUGCAAUCCUGGAUACAUUAUGAGAGGAACCUCUACCCAGACGUGUGAGAAUGGUAGUUGGGCACCUGGACUUCCAAUAUGUGAAAGGGUGGUUCAAUGUGAGGUACCUCAUGUUGCAAAUGGUGUGUUGAGUGGGGGUGCUCAACCCCCUUAUACAGAGAAGUCUACAGUGACAUUGCAGUGCAAUACUGGAUAUGUUAUGAAAGGAAGCUCUACCCAAAUAUGUGAUAAAAAUGGUAGAUGGUCACCUGGACUUCCAGUAUGUGAAGGUGUUGAGGGCCCACCUGAAAAAGAUCCUCACAACAACGCUGUGGCCUGGGGUGUUGGGAUAUUUGUAGGCAUCGUUGCCCUUGCCGGUGUUGGUUUUGGUGUAUACUAUCUACUCAAGAAAAAGAAGUCAAAACGUAACCCUCAUCGUUCUGAUGGUCCAUUAUAACUGGAUGUAAAGCUGACUGGUUGGCGAGGAAUGAACUGACUCCUGGCCUCCAUGUGCAUGGCACAGGCUUAUGAAGCCUCCUGAAAAUGAAGUUUCUGAAUGCUGGUCUGAGAUUCAGAAACCUCAGCAAAGUAAUUUCAAUACUCAACCUACAGUAUGCUUGGAUUAAUUGACAAACAUAUACCUUUGAUAAACCAGUCCUGCUUUUUAUUCUGUUCUCCAUAAUUCACUUCUGAAGUUUGGGAUACCGUCCUUUUGGCUUUGCAACAUCACAACACUUUUCUUCUGUAAUCAUGAUGGAGUGAGAUUCUGUGUUUAUCAGAAAAGCUUGAACUCUGUAUUGAUUUUAAAACUUUGCACUAAGUCAUAGAGCACAGCUCAGCUACACCAAUGUAUUAAAGUAACUGAAGAAUAAAUAGUUGACUUUAAAUACUGAAGUUAGGAAUAAAUCAUUUUUUAAAAUCACACUGGAUACACAAGUACUGAGGUCUAUCAGAAACUACAAUGCCUACCAAAACUCUUAUUUAUGUAAAAGAGUGGGCUAUAAACCAUCCUACAAUUGUGGAAAUUCAACUUGUACCAUUACACAGAAACAAUGUGAUCCAGUGUCUGGACAUAAGGAAUGUUCCCUCUGCCUUAAUGCCAAGUGUUGAGCUGGCUGUGUGUUAUUUGCUUUGUGUUUGCCUGUGAAUUGCAUAAAUGUCAAUCCACUUAUGUUGGAGUAGGUCAGUGAAGGUUCCAUAGUGGGCCUACCUUAAAUGUAAACUAAAUAUGUGUAAUUUGUGUAAUGUUGGCACAUUGUUUGUGUCCUGUAGCCACACCAAAAUUUAGUUGAAGCAAUUUCCUCUGACAAAGAAAUUGAAAUCCAAGUUUAAGUCCUGUAAAUUGUUUUUGUGAAUUUCUCAUUUCCAGAGUAGUUUUCACUGUAAUAUUAGUUGACCCCAGACUGUUCUGAAUAUGACGAAUACUUAAGAGUGUUAGGACACAGGUGUUGUCUAAUUAAACAAAGAUGUACAGAAUGUGAUCUCAAAUUUUUGCACUUGCUUGGCUUUUAGUUAUUAAAAUAAAAGGUUUCAGAACAACAGUA